CUCGAGUUAUAUUGUUAAUACCAAGUACAAGUAACACAAGUCGUGAAAUGUGAUUAAGAGAAAUGACAGCGCAUUUAAUAUAUCACAAUAGCCAGGAAUGAAAAAUCGUCAUGGAUCACGCGAGUGAGCAUAGUACAAAUGAAGUUUAAUAAUAACCAGAGAACCGUGUGGCUUUAGAACAGUUCUGACAAGUGCGAAGUUUGAGCAUUUAUAUAGUUGAUUUAGGCCAAUUUUUUCCUGGCACGACAGUCGUUGAAAUAUCAUUUGUUUGUGAGCGCUGUGCAAAGGUGCGUGCUGGAGCCCAAGUGCUCCAUAUUGAUCAAUAUCGUUCGCCAGUUGUAGCAAUGAUUGGUCAGUGUAAAACUUCGUUCAAACAUCGUCGUAAAUGCUCAAUACUCAAGCAAACUCGGCCGUGAAGUGAGUGGGUGCGGGUGUGUUUGUAAAAGUACAAACUAAUGAAGAGAAUUUGUGGCGUCUUGUAUCUCUUAUAGAUAUACAUGUUUUCGUUGAUGAUGAUGAAUGAUUGUUCAUUGAAAUUGCUAAAUAUCAAGGCUUUGCCAGUACUUAAUGAAUCAUGGAUCAUGAUAGUAUUUUCAAUGAAUAUGGAAAAUAAUAGUGUUUCAUGCUAUAAGAUUUUGGAGCUUAGCGAUGCUCUGUUACAUACAACAAACUCGAUCUGUUGAGUAUUAAGCAGCGAGUAGCAGUUAUUAUAAGGAUAAACGGGUUCGGCAUGAUCUGUGGUAAAGAUAAAAGAUCUUUGGAAACACUGGGUGGGGAGGCAUGGAAGCUGAAGGUGGUCAGCUGGUUCACCAGAGUCUACGGCUCAGGCUGCCAUCACCAGAAAUUCCUGAUCUCAAUGUUGUCAGAGCCUUGCAUCAGGUUUGACUUAGUUCUGAUAGCAAUUUCUAUCAAUAUUUUCAAUACAAAACAGUAGACAGUAAUGAUAUUUCUAUUUUUAGUGUACUAAUAGUGUUCUACUCAAUCGGUUAAGCUAGUAUACUACUAAACAGUUUUCAUUUUUAUAUAAUCAUUCCUAUACCUUGACAUCAUAUUAAGAAGAAACUAUUUUAUUAAUUUCCCAAAGGUUAUUAUAUUAUGUUUGUUUUUAUUUUCAACAAAACAGACAGUAAUAUCAUUACGUUCAGCACUGGACACAUCACGCGAAGAACUUCGCCGUUUAAAAGAAACUGUGGGUGACUUUUCUGGGAAAACCUAUGCUGAUCUUGUAGAGCAACUUGCAUUGGAGAAUCACAUAUUGAGACGCCGUAUCCUGAACAAGGAUAACGAAUUUUCCAGUGAUGUUGCUACGAGCCCUCCACCUUCCAAUGUAUCUCCUCCACAAGCAACAUCUACUCCAAUAACAAGUAGACAAAAUAAUUCGUACGAGAACCAAUGUUACACAUGGAAAAAAGGGAGACUGAUAAAAUUAUUUAAAUGCGCAAUAAUAAUCAUCUGAUUCGUCGAGCCAGUUGUCCUAGAACGACUGACUCAUUCUACGUGCGUACGUUUGUCAGUUCAUCGCAGAGAGUCGUAAUAGACAACGUCAUGGACGCGGCCACGGAUAAACCCGUCGCAAAAUCACCAGCUGAUCCGGCGAGCACAAAACCAUCACACGAGGAAGCACAGCACGGGUCUAAUACAGAUGAACGGCGAGACUCACUAUCUAGGAUGUCAAAGACUCAGGACGGAGAUAAUGUUCGCGAUGAAGGAAGCUCUGGACAGUCUCAUCCAAGAGCCAUCGGCGAGGUCGAGAGGGACGGACAAACGAUUAAUUCUCAUAACUCUGGUGUGGAACACCUGAAUGUUCCUGAUAAGGACCUAGAGGAUUCUAGCUUGAAGUCUGUCUCAGAUGGUGACAAUUCAGUAUUCAGUGAUAACCAAGAUAAUCCUCUAGAGAUGAAGCCAACAGAAUCUGAAAAUGAGUCUGAGGAACUCGACGAUAUUGAAUUAAUCUUUACCACCGAUGAGACACGAGACGUAGGGCUUCAGGAAGAUCUCGUCUCAAUCACAGAGACAGAAUCUUGGAGGCAGACAGGUCAGAAUGUCUUAUCAAAAUACAUGAAGUCUCACAAUAACGAAAAUUUAGUGUGCAAUGGUGAUAAAACCAAUUCCGUGGAGGAGGCUGUCUCGUCGCAAAGUUCCAGCAUCGACCGGGAGGAGAGUGUGGACAGAUUCGACGAAGGUUCUAAUGCAAGAUUAAAUAAAAUGUGGUCCCAGUGCUCUGUCCUGGUUGAGACAGACAUCAGCAAGUGUGGCGUCGUAGAGGAAUCAGAUCAUACUACCAGGCAUUCUACUGCCAGAAGAAAUACAUUAGCAGCUCCACCAACGGCAUACCGACCUAUAAUUCACCGAGAAGCUUUAGCAGUGGGUCGUAGGAAAAGUGCAGCACCCUUACGUCCAGUAAUGGAUAGGAAUUGCGGCGCUAGAAGGGAAUCUGGCGCACAGACUGAUAUAUCAGCGCUUCCUGCACAAUGGAGAUCAGAAAGUUAUCUCGCGCACAAAGUAGCUCAUACGUUCACUACGUUACCAAGUAAAUUUGCACUUCCUUCCGGUGUUGCCGGGAGACUGAGGCUCUCUGAUAAGACCCGGGAGGCCAGGCGAGUUAUGUUAUCAGACAUCAGCUUCACGAGUAUGGUACCAGAAUUAUCCAGGAGUGCUGAUCAUCUAUGUCACGAUCCUCAUGCUCAGGCCUGCUUCGGCACGCGUGGCUGCGGUCUACGCACUCCUGAGGUACAUCGCCGCGAGUCUCUGGGUUCACCAGCUGGUUACUGGCCUCGCUGCAAUCCCAGUGUAGGACUGCCAAGUCCUUGCGACUGCCGUUUAUCAACCGAUUUGUAUUCCUCCCGAUACCGCGGCUCUUUGACAUCUAUACCCUCACCUGGUCUAGAGGUCGUCGGAGGACCACCGCGUAGACAUUCUUGGAGAGCAACAGCAGCAUCCUUCGACACGUGGAGAGUGCCUGUAGCGACACCUACGGCAAGACCUACCUGGUCAUCGAUGCCGUCUUCACCAACUCAUUUGAAUCCUCCGUCGACUUCUGCGAGGGCUCCUAAGGGCCCUCCGAAAAGGACACGCUCCAAGGUCACCUUUCAAGAGUGUCCGAUGACCCGAGGAAGUCUACCUAAUUUGCGCACCGAUUCCACUACUGGUGACAAUAGCGGAGACUCGACGGAGUCUUUGAUCGACGAAGCCGAGGAUUACUUAAGGCGAAGUAUAGACUCCAUCCUAACUGUUUCCUGCUCCGAUUACUGGGGUAGACAGUCAACGAGGCGAAGAAGAACUCGUCGGCAUUCCGAACCUGAUCUAUUUCGUGAAUGGAAUCCAACCCAAGAUGCUAGACCUUAUCUACCCAAAGUACCACGAGAUCUGAAGGUGGACAAUUUAGUAAAGGUAAUAUCACCUGAAGGAAGAGUUCUUCAAGGUAAGGUCAGAUACGUUGGACCGGUUCCUGGGAGAGACGAGGCUCAUGUAGGUGUUGAAUUACCCAAUGAUAAUGGCUCCUCCGACGGCACGUUUCAUGGUAGACGAUUCUUUGAUUGUGAACCCGAUCGAGCUGUCUUUGUACCGUUUAAGAAAGUUGUACUUGCUUGGUGUACUACCUGAUCCAGACCAGUACCUGGUGCAAAUUUAUCCAAUGUCACUGCUACUACCGUCAGUGCUACGGUAGGUGAUGAUACGUCAGAAUCUUCCACUUCGUUUACAACAACGCCACGAAUUUUACUGUCACAGUAUACAAUGUAAAGAGAAGAUGAGUAAGCGCGAAAAAAGCCAUGCAUAUGUAAAAUAUUAUGCAAACUUUCGUGACAAUCCACGUGGCAUUUACGCAUAUAAGGAUAAAAAAGACGUCGCGCAAAGCAGCUGCAUUUGCCAAGAAAAUAUUUCCAAAGAACGAUCGCCAAUAGUCGCACAUUACGACAUUUACUUAAAACAUCAUUGAGGGGCAAAAAAGAAAAAUAUCAUUUUUAGUAUGAUUCGAAAGGUUUAACUGUAAAUAUUUUUUCAAUGAUAAUACAAUUUCUAUUGUCGGUUUUAAUCGACAAUCGAUUAUGAUGAAUGAACGUCGAAUAAAUCGUCUAUUUCAGUAUUCUGAACUCCAAUUUUUUUUUUAAUUUAUGAAAAAAAAUUGCAUGACUGACGAUGAAAGUCCAAGUACCGCUUGCUUGUAUUUCCGAUAUAUACGUAUUUAAUUAUUUAUUCCUCAGCUCGCCUGAUCUAUUUCCAUGCGUCAAUUUAUCUUUCCCGCAGAAACGAACAAGUAUUCUAGAUAUAAUUAAAAUAGUUUGGUUAAUUUUCAAAUUCUAUAGAAGAUAACCAUCUUAGGUCCAUACGAGUAUUAUGCGUAUCCUUGACACAACUAUGUUCCAUUGUACAAAAUAUUACCAAAGUAUCGACUUCUAGACAUUCGUGACUUUGAUGAAAAAAAAGGAAUAAUCGCAUUUGACAAAAACAAUUCUGUUCGCAUAUAACACACAAUUUUAAAAAGACACAAUUGUAAUUGAAAAUUGGAUUUACGUCAAACUGUCAGAUUGUCAAAAUGACAAGAAAAAUUAUUGGUCUGAAAAAUAGAUGCUGCAUAAUGCAUAAUAAAAAAUAAUUAAUUAAACAGCAAAAAAAAAUGCGCAUACAAAACCACAACGCAUAUUCCUUAAAAUUCGUAAUUAUAAUUUCAAAGUGCAAAUAUCUCCAAAAAAAGAAAUAGAGAAAGUGAAACAAAAACCGGGGUCUCGUCUUCGAUUGAGCGCAAUCUUAUAAUAUCGACAGUACUAAUAAUAAUAUAUGAUAGAAAUAAUAAUAACAAUAAUAAUAAUAAUAAUAAUAAUGCCUAACCCCAUAGAAUGGAUGUUUCUUAUGUCCUGUACCAGCUGAGCUAAGAAUGACAAGUGACAAGAGAUAUGAGUAUUUAUGUAUAUUUUUUAUGUUUAUCUUAUUCUUAAUUUCCUACUCUCAUACAACACAACAAAGUCUAGGAAUGUAUUAAUUAAUACAAAUUCGACGUACAAUCUUAAUGGCUGGACCAAUGUUUUAAGCGACUAAUUUCUGUCCGAAAAUUGUUCUACUUGUGUAUCUAAAAAUGUACUUAAAAAAUAUAUACACCUGGCGUACAUUGUUAGCAUGUGAUUUCUCGACUGAGUAUAAACUUAAAUUGAGAUUUAAUUAAAAACUAUCGUGAAAGAUAGGCGAGUUGAUUUUAUCGUCAAGAGACAGGCUUGUUUCCAAUUGAUUAAGGAUAAUUGAUUUUUCCACUAUUAUUGUUACGCGAGCGGAUAAUCAUUAUCGAGAUGAUUGUCACGAUAGUGAUUGCCUAAUGUAAUGGUAAAUAGAAAUAGAGGAGUAAUAGAAUUUCUGAGAAACAUAAGGUGCUGGUGAAAACGAAAGAAAAGUAGUAUCUGCUGUAAUUAUUUUUGUCGUAAAUUUUCUGCUCGGUAUAGAUUCGCUGAAUAUUGUAUUGUUUCGAUAUAAAGUAAAACAUUUAGAGUACAACGUGGAACAAAGACAGUGUACUAUUGUACUGAAUUGUAAAAGUCGAUUAUCAGAACGUGCGUGUAUCUGCGAAAAUAUAUAUUGUAUUAUAUUAUGUUAUAUUAUAUGCAAGUACGUUACAAAGAUAAAAGCGCAAGACCAUAGACAUGGAAAAUACCGUUGAUCGAUGUUAAUAGCUAUAGUUAUUACGUAAUAAGUGUUUUGAUGUGCAGUAGCUAGCCAAUUACCGAGGGUGUACGGUGAAUUAGGAUUCGGAUGAAAGAAAGGCACAGGAAAAAGAUAAUCUUUCGCUCUCGCCGUGUAAAAUUGCGUGCAAAAGAAAACGACGAGGAGUUUCGUAAUUGUGAAUUAAAACAAUGGGUCAAAUAUAACGGACGAUUGGGUCUAAUUGAAAUUGGUCGAUCGCUGAGAUGCGAAUGAAGUAAUGUUUAAACAAUUAAAAUUGAUGAUUUCAGUUCUUGUGACGUAUUGCUGAUCUAGCUUUUGAUCUCUGGGCAUAUCGGGGUGCGAUGAUAUGAUUCGGUUGAUGCAUUAAAGAUCUUCAUGGAUACUGAAAGCUUUGAGGAUUAAAUGAAACUAUCGAUAGCGAUUGAUGAUCUUUACCUGCGAUAGCGGAUACCGAUAAAAUGAAUAUAAAAAUAUUUCCUUGUCAUUGUUUGUCGUCGUACGACAGAGGCACUUCCGGUACUUCUCUAAUUGCUCUCGAAUACUUGUAAUCUAACAGUUGUCUACCAUGUAAUUUAUAAGCUUAACUGUGAACGUGGUGUUUCAUUACAGCCGUGAACGAACGCAGCCGUAAACUCUCUUAACUGAAUACCGUCGAAAUAUAGAAAUAAUAUAUUCAGAAUUAAAAUGAAAAAUAUUGUCUAUUGUCGAAGUCUGUUGCCGUUGUACCUAAAUUACACGUUAAAGUCUAAGGAGAAAAAUGCACUGUCGUUGCGCCGCUAUUUAUUCUAUUGUAACGAUGGUUAUUGAUGAUAUUACAGAAAUAAACUAUUAUUAUCGUA